GCAUCUCAGUGAUCACUUCCUCGUCCUCCUCUGCAAGACUCCAGCAACUUGCAAGGACGCGACCCUGCCAGAGCAGAGACACGUCGGUGCAUCCAUCCGUCCAUGGCGGCCACCGUCGGCAAGGAGAGGGAGGAGGCGGUGGUCCACCCGAACGCGAGGCAGGGGGGCAAGCUCCUCUCCAGGCUGCUCACCAGGGACAGCUCGGCCGCCGCGCCGUCCUUCCGGGUCUACUACGGCGUGGCCUCCGCCGGCGCGGUGCCGUUCCUGUGGGAGUCGCAGCCGGGCACGCCCAAGAACGCCGUCUCCGACGCCGCGAUGCCGCCGCUCACGCCGCCGCCGUCCUACUACGCCGCUGGAGGCACCGCCGCCGCGAAGAAGCACGCGGCGCGCAAGGCCGCCGCCGGGGGCAAGAGGUUCAGGCCGUCCCGCAUCCUGGGCUCCAUCCUCAUGGCGACGCGGAGGCGGGGCCGGACGGCGCCCUCGUCGGUAUCGCCCACCUCAUCCUUCUCCUCCGGGUCGUCCUCGUCCUCCUCGACGUCGUCCUUCCGCCGCGCGGGCGGCAGCAGCAGCAGGCUGCACUCGUCGUCGUCGUCGUCGUUCUCGGACGACGAGGAGACGGCCAUGGCGACGUGCUUCAGGGUGCGGCAGGAGAGCUUUCGGGCGCUCAAGGGCUGCCGCGUCGCCGUGACGGUGAGGAGCGCGCUGGCGUCCGUCGGCGGCGGCCACGGCGCCGCAGUGCAGAGGGUCUAACCGCACUGAACUCGCCGUGUGCAAGGACGCGCGUUGAUACUACAGUACUUAAUGUCGAGUGGAGUUUUACCCAAGUCGUGUGUUGGUUUUGGUUAAGCUUCUGUAAUGCUGUGGUAGUGUAUAUGAAAAAUAAUCGAUGAG